GGCGAGGGGACCUUCGGCGCCGUGUUCAAGGCCACGGUCAAGGCCACGGGCGAGCAGGUCGCGCUGAAGAAGAUCAAGGUGCGGUCCGCCGACGACGACGGCGGCGCGGGCCGCGAGGUCGCGGCGCUCAGCCGCGUGCGCGAGCGCGGCGACCACCCGAACGUCGCGGCGCUCCGGGGCGCGUGGACCGAGGGCGCGCCCGGGAGCGAGACGCACUGCCUCGCGGUCGAGCUCGUGGACGGCGGCGAGCUCUUCGAUCAUCUCGUGAACCACGGCGGCUUCAGCGAGCAGACGGCCGCGGAUCUCUUCAAGGCGGUCUUCGGCGCCAUCCAGUGGCUCCACGCGAGGGCGUCGUGCGUCCACUGCGACAUCAAGCCCGAGAAUUUC